UUUCAUAACUUCGGUCUUUUCCCACUGACACGUACGAGAUAGUGUCGUGAUCGUGUGCUCGUGUGCCCGUUUCACAGGCAGACCUCGCACAGUUCAUCUCUGCACACAUAACGGACACAUCAUGCUGUGGACAGCCAGCCAGGCCUUUCGGACAUUCUCCUCCACUUCUCAUCAUUUCCAGAAUAAGCUCAAACUAGCUAUAAUUGGCCAGAGCCUGUUUGGAAAGGAGGUAUACAGCAAUCUGAGGAAACAAGGUCACAAGGUGGUCGGCGUGUUCACUGUACCUGAUAAGGAUGGCAAGGCUGAUCCGCUUGCCUUGGCAGCCGAGAAGGACGGUACACCAGUUUUCAAGUUCCCUCGAUGGCGAGUCAAAGGGAAACCUCUCCCAGAGGUAGUGGAGGCCUACAAAGCGGUGGAUGCUGAGCUCAAUGUCAUGCCCUUUUGCUCGCAGUUCAUCCCUAUGAACAUUAUUGAUAAUCCCAAGCAUGGCUCCAUCAUUUACCACCCCUCAAUCCUCCCGCUGCACAGAGGAGCCUCAGCCAUCAACUGGACCCUGAUUGAUGGUGAUAAGAAGGCUGGCUUCACCGUGUUCUGGGCUGAUGACGGCUUGGAUACUGGACCAAUCCUGUUGCAACGGGAAUGUGCAGUUGAACCCAAUGACACAGUGGACACACUCUACAACCGCUUCUUGUUCCCAGAGGGCAUAAAAGCAAUGGUGGAGUCGGUGCAGCUCAUUGCUGAUGGAAAAGCGCCGCGAAUCCCCCAGUCAGAGAAAGGUGCAAGCUAUGAAGGAAUUCAGAAGAAAUCCAAUGCCAAGAUCGAUCUCGCUCAGCCAGCUGAGGCCAUCCACAACUGGAUCCGGGGCCAUGACAAAAUCCCUGGGGCUUGGACUGUCAUUGAUGGCAAGUCAGUUACGCUGUAUGGUUCAUCAAUGUUGCAAGGAUCAAUACCACCGGGUCAGCCGCUGGAAAUGGAGGGAGCAUCAAAGCCAAGCUUAGUGUCAAAGAAUGGGCUUGUUCUACAUGGAAGUGAUGGAAAAGCAGUCCUGGUGAAGAAUUUGCAGUUUGAAGAUGGAAAAAUGAUCGCCGCGUCAAAUUACUUUUCUACCGGUGAAACUCAGCGUGUGGAAUUAACAGACAGCGAAAAAAACAUUGUGGAGGAGAUUAAGAACAUCUGGAAGGGCAUCCUUAGUAACGUUUCAGUCAUUGAGGACAACACUGACUUUUUCAAGUCUGGAGCUGCUUCUAUGGAUGUGGUCAGGUUGGUGGAGGAAGUUAAGCAGCGGUCUGGUGUACUCCUUCAAAAUGAGGAUGUGUACAUGGCUACCACCUUCCAGGACUUUGUUCAGAUGCUCGUUCGUAAGCUGAGAGGUGAAGAAGAAAAGAAUGAUCUGGUCAUUGACUAUGCCAUCCGAGAAGUGAACAACAUGACAGUGAAAAUGCCCUACCAGUGUUUCAUCGAUGGCUGUUUUGUGGAUGCAGAGAAUGGCAAGACCUACGAUACCAUUAAUCCAACUAAUGGAUCGGUUAUCUGUAAGGUGUCUUAUGCUUCAGUGGGGGAUGUUGAUCGUGCAGUGGCUGCUGCUAAACAAGCUUUUGUUGACGGGCCCUGGGGAAAGAUGAACCCAAGAGACAGAGGAAACCUACUCUAUAAGCUUGCAGAUCUGAUGGAGCAACACCAGGAGGAACUGGCAACGAUUGAGGCAAUGGACUCAGGAGCUGUGUACACACUGGCCUUGAAGACUCAUGUUGGCAUGUCUAUUCAGACAUUUCGCUACUUUGCUGGCUGGUGUGACAAAAUCCAGGGCAAGACAAUCCCCAUUAACCAAGCCAGACCAAACCACAAUCUCACCUUUACUAAAAAAGAACCUAUAGGCGUGUGUGCAAUCAUCAUCCCUUGGAACUACCCCCUCAUGAUGUUAGCUUGGAAAAGUGCUGCCUGCCUUGCAGCUGGAAACACACUUGUUCUGAAACCAGCGCAGGUAACUCCACUAACAGCAUUAAAAUUCGCUGAGUUGUCAGUUAAAGCUGGUAUUCCAAAAGGAGUCAUCAACAUUGCACCAGGCUCAGGAGGAAUGGUGGGGCAGCGCAUGGCUGAUCACCCAGAUGUGCGCAAGCUGGGCUUCACUGGUUCAACACCCAUUGGCAAACAAAUCAUGAAAAGCUGUGCACUCAGUAACUUGAAGAAAGUCUCUCUGGAACUGGGAGGGAAGUCACCUCUCAUCAUCUUUAGUGACUGUGACAUGGACAAGGUUGUUCGCAUGGGCAUGAGCUCUGUGUAUUUCAACAAAGGGGAAAACUGCAUUGCUGCUGGGCGUCUUUUUGUGGAAGAGUCAAUUCAUGAUGAAUUCAUCAGCCGUGUGGUAGCGGAAAUAAAGAAGAUGAAGAUUGGAGACCCAUUGGAUCUAUCUACAGAUCAUGGUCCUCAGAAUCACAAAGCCCAUUUGGACAAGCUGCUGGAGUACUGCGAGGUUGGAGUAAAAGAAGGGGCCACAUUGGUGUAUGGAGGCAAACAGGUUGACCGACCAGGUUUCUUCAUGGAGCCGACUGUGUUCACUGACGUGGAGGACCACAUGUUCAUGGCCAAAGAGGAGUCUUUCGGCCCCAUCAUGGUCGUCUCCAAAUUUAAAGAUGGGGACGUGGACGGUGUGCUGCAGAGAGCCAAUGACACGGAGUAUGGUCUGGCUUCAGGUGUGUUCACCCGAGACAUUAACAAAGCCAUGUAUGUUAGUGAACACUUGGAGGCUGGAACCGUUUUCAUUAACACCUACAACAAGACUGACGUGGCUUCACCUUUUGGAGGCUUCAAGCAGUCUGGCUUUGGCAAAGACCUCGGAGAGGAUGCGCUCAUGGAAUACCUCAAGACCAAAGCAGUGACUGUGGAAUAUUGACUGUCUUUUUUAAAGGGAAGUUCCGGAUCAUUUUUGUGCCAUCGAAGCAAAGCGAGUCCAAUGAGCAACGUUUUUAAUAAUUGUUUUUAAAACAACACAAAUCAACCGACACUUUCUCAUACUUUUCUACUCAUGAACAUGCACCUGCAGUAUUAGAUGCACCACACGGUGGCGGUGUUAUUCACCAAAUGAAGUACAGAUGGGCGGGACUUAAUGACAAGUAAUGACCCAUAAAUCAUUGACUGCUAGUCCAACAAUUAUGAAACUUUGAGGAUACACAUCUAUGCCCCGCCCCCUGAACUCUUUUCAUGAGCCCCCAAAAUUAAAACAGGAUUGAGAACAUGAUAAUAUAAUAUUUAUUUAUGUAUCCGUACAACCCACUGCUUGAACUUAACUUUCCUCUUGUAUUAGCUUUCUGUUACCAUCUCUUAUGUUAACGGGUCUGUUUUGACCCAUGUUUUGAAUCAGCUGUAAAAUACACUAAAAACAAUUAUCUAUCAUCCAAUUUGUUUCUCAUCUCUUGGUUACCUUGUUAGGCUUCCUUAUCCUUGAAAAUAUUGGUUUUAAUAUUUUUGGUUUGGGCCAUUGGGCCUUAUUUUGUCAGUAUACCCCUCGAUUUCAAUUUUUAAAAAUGGUAAAACGAACCUCAAGAGAAUCAUAUAAAUAAAAAAAAAGGUUGUUGUGUUACCUAACUAUUACUAAGUGGUAUUAGAACACAUCUCUUAAAUAAAUGUGUUUUGUUUAUUUUUUCAUUUUAAGAAUUUUAACUAUAGUAACAUCUAUGGUGUUACGGGUCAAUUUCGACCCAUAUAUAUUUACUUCAAGAAAAAGGCUAAAACGUAUUUUUUUCAGCAACAGAAAUCCAACAUCAAACAAACAACCAAUUAAGCAAAUGAAACCAAGAGAAAUAGGUUACUAGUUCCAAAACUAAUAAAAAAACAAAAUCAGAGUGGCAAAAAGUGACACUUUUAGUGUCCGUCUUUUGAUUGUUUUUGUACAGGAUAACAAGGUAAAAUGAGAAUCCACUAAAGCUCACAUGAUUGGGAGAGGAGCUGGCUGUCAGUGUGUUCAGUUUUUGCUCUUAUCAUUGCUUUAUAGUCUUAUUUUUAUAACCGGGUCAAAACCGACCCUAACAACACCAAGGGCAUAAUUUCUACCAGAGCAUUUUAUAAUUUAGUGAAAAAAAUUAAAAUGUUUUAUUUUGUUGACAAAGAGGUUCCUGACAAAGUCAAAAAGCGUUGAUGCAAAAAAAUAAAUGUAUGUGGUGUUUUUAUGCAUUUAAAAACUAAAACGGGUCGGUGCCGACCCUAACACAAGACGAAGGUUAAAAACAUUUCCAGGUUAAGUUAAAUAAACAUUUGUAAUAUUUCAAGUCUGUGAUUCCCCAAGCAAAGUAAAAAGUCCAAACAAUUCAAGAGGAAGUUCAUUUUUGUACUGUAUAUUGAAAUUCCUCACCCUACAAUUUGAGAAGUAGCUAAUCUAUGGUAUGGAAGGCCCAGACAUCUCCAGCAACAACCUUUUGAGCCUCACGUUUUGCAUGCCUGAGCUCAGGUGGCCCACCAGAACUUCUGGUUUAGCUCGGUUGGUAGAGCGGCCGUGCCAGCAACUUGAGGGUUGCAGGUUCGAUUCCCGCUUCCGCCAUCCUAGUCACUGCCGUUGUGUCCUUGGGCAAGACACUUUACCCACCUGCUCUCAGUGCCACUCACACUGGUUUGAAUGUAACUUAGAUAUUGGGUUUCACUAUGUAAAGCGCUUUGAGUCACUAGAGAAAAAGUGCUAUAUAAAUAUAAUUCACUUCAAUUCACUUCACUCCUGUCAAUAAGGGGGAGUCAGCAACUCUACAAAGAAGCUCAUUUCGGCCGCUUCUAGCCAAGAUUUUGCCUUUCAGGUCAAUACUAAAGUUCUUCCACCGCAAAGGUUUGCAAGUUAGCCUUUUCUGGCUGAAAACCCAUCCAUCCAUCCAUCUUCUUCCGCUUAUCCGAGGUCGGGUCGUGGGGGAAGCAGCCUAAGCAAGGAAGACCAGACUUCCCUCUCCCCAGCCACUUCAUCUAGCUCUUCCCGGGGGAUCCCGAGGCACAUUGCUAAAAAGGUGACCUUUGUCAUCACACCUUUAUCGGGGGCUGUUUUAAAAUAAUAGAUCAUGGAGUUUUACUUACACUUGCGAAUGUCAUUGAAAUCCAUGAAAAGGACAACACUUGAAACCUGAAAAUGUCAUACAGUGCUUGCCACGUGAAUGUGUGUUGCCAUGGUGUUGGGGCAUGUGUGUGUGUGUGUUUAUGCAUGUGCAACAAUGACAGCAUUGAUUCCCUUACGGAGCCAAAACACUGCCAGUAAGAUUUGGUAUCCACUAAAAAAUAAAAGUGGUCAUUGUGUAGCGUGUAAGGACGGGAGUGAAAAGAGGAGUGUCCAAAGAUUAAACUAAUUGUUUUGAUGACA